GUGUUUCUAGGUUGUUUUGGAAGAAAACGAAAAGCAUCAAAGAGGAGAAGAUGAAGAUUUCAGAUUCAUCCAAAUCCGAUUACGAAGCUCUCAGAAACGCUCGCAUAUCAGAGAACAAGGCUAGGUUUGAAUCUCUCGGUAUUUUGAAUUCAGUUUCCGAGCUUCGACAAAUUUCUACCAAAAAGAAACGUCCCUGGAUCAAAAAGGAUUACAGUCUCAAUCCCCUCCGCCGCUCUCAGCGAAUCAAGGCUGUCGCUGACGGUACCACCAACAAUCUUCCGCCGCGAAAAUACGAGGAUGCUGAGCAUUUUCUUCCUGAAGAGAGUCGUGCACGACGCUGCCGUAACAAGCGUAGAGGCAGUGUCCUCAGUUCAAUCUUGGGGAUAAGCUGCCACUUUUGCAGGCAAAAGAAAUUAUGCGGGGAAGACGAUUGUAAAAGAUGUGGGAAUUGUGAUGUGAAUGAACCUUGUCUAGGAAACACUGAUUGCUCAGUGUGUCACUCUACCCGCGGUGUCUUUUGUAGAGACUGUCUCAAGGUUCGGUAUGGUGAAGAAUUAGAGGAGGUGAGAGAGAACAAGGAAUGGACGUGUCCACAUUGCAUUGAAGAGAAAGGAAUAAACCCUUACUAGAUACGUAACAGUGCACCAUGCCUGAGGAAACGAAAGAUGCCGCCAACUGGGCUUGCAAUAGUCAAAGCCCGGAAAAUGGGAUAUGAAUCAGUAGCACAUCAACUAAUGGAAAAACUUAAAGGUGGAAACUAGCCGAAAAGAGAAGAGAAUGACAUUUUGGAACAGCUUGUAACUUGUAGUUAACAUUGAAGCUCAAAUUAGAUUUGUCUUGUUCAUUUAUUUUCCUUAUGAGGAACAAUUUUUAUUGAUGUAUUUGUUGUAAUCAGUGUUGGAUCCAUCUCUGUCUUACAUUGUAAUCAGUAUCUGGUAUAGUAAUGAAUCUGAUCUGAUAUAAAUGUUAUGUUCUUGGAAAAAUCUUGA